AUGGGUCGCUUAGGAACAGGUCCGUGGAUACAGGCACGUAGCAGUAGUCAUGGUAACCAGAAUUUAUUGUACUUCAUAGGAGAGAAGGAUGUGUGGGGUGUCAAGUUCAGACACUUGCUGGGCUGGAAAGGUGGCCAAGUGCUGAUUGCGGGUGUGGUUCUACUAGCGCUGUACUAUACCGUUAUAGCUAAGGGUAUUACAGCUGAUGCGACUGCGUCGGAUAUGAAUGGGAACACAAUGCUUGAACACAACGACGACACCUCCGACAACACUGUGCAUGCAUCUCUACCGAGAUACAGAGAAGACAGGCAAAUCAUAGCCGGGCAUCUCGUUCGGAAGUCCAAUUCCAAAACCAAGCCCAAGUCCAAUACAAAAGCAACUUCGAGAAGUGGUCUAAUAGAUACUGAAGUGGACACGGAUAAGACCAAUGAGCUUCCCAAGACUAGGGGCAUUGUCAUGUCAUGUCCGUUGGGGGUACCAUCGGAAUUGGCGGGUUCGUGGAAGCCUGUGAACAUGUUCCGGGGUGUUGGGGUUAUGGCUGAGCGGUUAUACGAGCUCGACUCUAGUUUGCCUUUAGUGGUGGUAUCGUUUAAUAGCGAGCUACCUGCACACCAUGCGUGUUUAAAACUGAAGGAUAAGCAUGCGGAUAUAAAUAGUCAGAUAUAA